AUGGCGGUGCUGUGCUCGAUUCGCGUGGGCUGGGGCCGAUCCCGUAGGGCCCCCGGGAGUGACCUCGGCCAGGCUCCCGGGACGGACGGCAUCGGCCGCAGCAUCUCCGGCGGAGCCUCCAGCAAGGAGUGGAACGGACCGUGCACCGCGGCGUCGCGGCCCCGCUCGACGUCGCUGGACUUCCAGCAGCGGCAGCGGUGCUUCGAGCCCAACAGGCCGUCCGGCGCGGCGUGCAGCUCCAGCACCGUCCGCCCCGCCAGGGCCAGCCCGCAGCCGCGGGCCCGCCUCGCGCCGCAGAGAAAGAUGGUAGCGGACGAGCCGAGCUCCCGCGGCUACGAGCUGCUCUUCGUGGCCGAGGACGGCGCUGGACCCCGCUGUGGCGAGCGUCGGCUCGCUGGCGCAUCCCACUCUGGCGGCGGCGUCCUUCCGGCGGCUGGCUCUCGCGAGGCUCCCCUCGCCGGCGGUGGGCUCCGGCGCGGCGCGGCGGCUUCGAGGUUGCUGCGACGACGCCACCGCUGCGUGCCUGGCGUGCCAGGAGAGGGCAGGAGCGUGGCGGAGUACUGCACCGAGAAGGGCAGACACGUCGCCACGCCCGGGUGCGAGGAGGAGACGCCACCACCGGGCCGUGGUCGUGGUCUGGGCGUGCUCGUCAGGGCCUGGUGGCCAUCAGGUGCCCGGCCGUGCUGCUGGACGUGGGCCGGGGCAGCCUGCCGGCCGCCCCCGUGCGAGGGUGCCCGGAGUUCCUGCCCGGCGGCUACCUCGGCGGGCUCCCCGGAGCGCGGGCCGCCUGGCCGAGGAUCCGCCAGAUACGCUGCUGGUCGUGUCCGACCUCCUUGGCGGGUCCGUGUUGGGCGCGGACGGGCAGGUGGUCGCAGCAACUCUUGCUGCACGGAGUGA